AUGUCCAAGUUUCAUUUAUGUCUGGAUGGUGAUGCUGAUGACGAUGACAAGCUUAGUAUUAAUAAAGCUUAUGCAGAACGUUAUGACAGUUGGCGGCAUUUAGAGGAAUUGCAGAAAUUGAAAGAUAGAUAUGGUGACGAUGCAGAAGACGAUGAUGAUAGUUCGUCUAGUGAAGAACCUGCUAUGUGGUCAGCGGAGCACGAGAAAGAUUUCCUUCGUACAUUGUCUGCUUUGAAAACCCGUGAUCCAAGGUUGUAUUCAGGUCAAAAAUUCUUCACUGCUGAAGAUAAAGGAACAUCAAAUGAUAAUAUUGUUAAGUUAAAAAAAAAAGUUGCUCCAAUGUUUCUGAAAGAUUACGAAAGAAAACUUAUUCUGGAAAAAAGAGGUGAUAUCACUGAAGAUGAGGAAGAAAUGAAGACUUCUAAUCCUGGCUAUUACGAAGAACAGGAAUUAAUAAAACGAGAACUAAAAGCUGCGCUCGCUGAACAAGAUGAUGACACGGAGCCAUUGUUGCGACAACGUAUUAAGACGAAAGAUGAACUGAAAAAUGAAGAAGACCAGUAUUAUGAAUGGCUGAAAGGACAAAGAAAUGAAGAUCUUCCCGAUGUAGAAGAACUGAAAGGGCUCAAAGAAGCGUGGAAUGAUAUGAAUUUAGACGAAAGCGAGAAAUUUCUACGUGAUUAUUUAUUAAACAAAAAAUAUGAUCUUGAAGGCGAUGAUAGUGUUCCGUCGUAUGAAGAGAUUGUGAAAGUCGAAGAGGAUGAGGAAGAGCUAGAAAGAGAGAAUGAGUUUGAACGGAAAUAUAAUUUUCGAUACGAGGAACCUGAUCAAGAUUUUAUUAAAUAUUAUCCUCGGACGAUAAAACAAUCUUUACGGAAAAAAGAUGAACGACGGAAGCAAAAAAGAGUCGAAUAUAAAGAACGUAAAAAAUUGGAGAAACAAGCGCGAAAAGAUGGAAUUAAAGAACUAAGAGCUUUAAAAAAGAAAGAAAUUGAAGAAAAAUUGAAAAAACUGAAGAAAUUAGCUGGGGACGACAGCCUUCCACUUAAUGUAGAUGAUCUAGAAGCAGAUUUCGAUCCUACGGCUUACGAUAAACGCAUGAAAGAAGUUUUCAAUUCUCAGUAUUAUGAAAAAACUAUGGAAGAGAAUGAAGGAAAGCCUGUUUUUUCUGAUACUUCCGAUGUCUCUACUGAUGAUUCAGAUUACGAUACUUUCGAAGUGGAUAAAGAAAGAAAAGAAAAAGAAACUGGAAAUGUUAGUAACGAUGAUGGAGCGUGUGACCUUGAAAAGAAACCAAGUCGGAAAAAGAGGAAGAGAAAUUCUCGUUUUUUAGAAGCUGUUCUUAAAAAAAAACCGUUAUUUAAUCCAGAAGAGAAGUCGUUUGAAGAAUAUUUCAACGAAUACUAUGCACUUGAAUAUGAGGAUAUAAUUGGUGAUGGCUUAAUAACUAAAUUUAAAUAUCGCAGUGUGCCAGCUAAUGAUUUUGGAAUAACAAUUGAUGAGUUAUUAAAUGCGGACGACCGACAGUUAAACGCUUGGGCAUCAUUAAAAAAAGCUACAGCCUACCGUUCAGAGGCUGAAGAAUUGUACGAUAUCAAAGCUUACAAAAAGAAAGCAUUGAACGUUUUGAAGAAAAAAAAAAUUUUUAGUACCGAUUUUGGAGGAAAUAACUCUAAGAAAUUGGCUGAAAAUAAUGACAGUGCUAAUAAUAUGAAAUACACGUGCCAAAUGAAUAAAAUACCAAACAAGAAAAAGAAGAGAACAAAGAAAAGCAGUGAAAAGGUUCCUGAGGAUGUGAACUCCAGAGAACAAGGAGCAAAUAGCACUAUGGUGGUGCAAGAGAGAGACCGGUUGAUGAAUCAUUCAAAAAAUGCGCGUAAUCGUAAGAACCACAGCACGUUUGAACAAUUUAAUUCAAUAGUUGACGUUAAUGAUGAUAGACUUCGUGCUUAUGGCAUUAAUCCAAAGAAAUAUAAGAAUAAGUUAUUUCGUCAACAACAAAACGGUACACGUGAAGAUAUUAAGAGGGAUCAGUAG